AUGCAGCGAGUAAAACCAACGGGAUGCACUGUCCAUCCAACACUUCGAAUAAUGGUCGGCAUCGUCACAAUUGCUGUUAUUCUAAUGGUUCUGAGUGUUGAAGAAACACCUGCACAGCAAUUACCGUCUUCUAUCUACAACGGCCUGACUGACCUUGGCGGUUAUGUCAAAAAGCUAAGCAGGAUAGAAACAGGACCUUUCCCAACGCUGCUUCAGGUGCAAUGUCCUAAUCUGGUCAGAGUUGGAUCAGUGGUGGAUGGCGGCAAAUACGUAUGUAAUCCGCAAGCGAUCGACACUCAAAAGUGCAGAAUAUAUUCGCUUGGACUCAUGAAUGAAAUAUCUUUUGAUGUGGAGAUACAGAACAUAACAGGCAAUACCUGCAAGAUCUAUGGAUAUGAUCAGCAUGAGCAAUCAAAAGGAAUAAAGGAUGCAUAUUCACGUAUGAAUGGAAAACUCAAAGCAGUCUUUAUCAGCAACGAAAAAGGAAAAAGGAUUCAAGAUUUCUUUGACGAGAAUGGAGAUAAUUUCGCUGAUAUUUUGAAAAUUGACAUAGAAGGUGCUGAACACAACGUAUUGAUACCAUUCCUUUCUGAUGAGAAGUACAAAGUUUGUCAGGUAUUGAUUGAGAUACACGGUCAGGGCAAUUCGCAACUCCAUCUUCUUGUAUCAAUAGCUAAGCAAGGAUAUGCACUUUUUUCCUACGAAGUAAACGGUUGGACGAUGGCUGCAUGCGAAUACAGCUUUAUUCAUAUGUCUUGCCUGAAGCAAUAUGGAGCUGUUGAACUAAAAAGAUAUCUCCCACCAGUUAAAUAA